AUGGGAAACACGGUAUCAAACUUUGUCCAAAACGCCAUCAACGCAGUCAAGAACACGGUUGAAGAAAUGUUCCGUCGCAUCGCACCACCUAUUGUGCGCUACGUGGCCAAGCACCCGCUGCGUACACUCGGUCAUAUCGGGAGUGCUGCGCUGCUGCUCGUUCCUGGUGUCAUUACAACGCCACUGUUGGCUAUUGUCGGGUUUUCGGGUAGCGGUGUCAUCGCUGGGUCGCUUGCUGCCGGGGUGCAGUCGGCUAUGGGUGCGGUAUCUGCGGGAAGUACGUUUGCGGUCUUGCAGUCUGCGGCGGUAAGUAUGGAUCUGAUUUUUGGUGUGGCAUGUUGCUGA